UUUGUACAACCCAUAAGUAUUGCAUCUCUUUGCGCUUUUUGUUUCUCCUUCUACCCGCUCGCGGCCUCCAUCCCUCUCUGCAGCUGCUCUAUUACUGCGUCGAAGAGAGAUGGGUGAAGAGGAAACCAAAGGAGGGGCUAUUGUUCCCGAGUCUGUCCUCAAGAAGAGGAAGAGAAGUGAAGAAUGGGCUUUGGCCAAAAAGCAAACAUUGGAGGCACAGAAGAAGAAGAAUGCUGAGAACCGAAAACUCAUCUUCAAGAGGGCUGAACAAUAUGUUAAAGAAUACCAGGAACAGGAGAAAGAGCUAAUCAGAUUGAAGCGUGAGGCCAAGCUGAAAGGUGGUUUCUAUGUUAAUCCAGAAGCAAAAUUGCUGUUCAUUAUUCGUAUCCGUGGUAUCAAUGCGAUGCACCCAAAGACGAGAAAGAUCUUGCAACUACUCCGCUUGAGACAGAUUUUUAAUGGCGUGUUUCUGAAAGUAAACAAAGCAACCAUGAAUAUGUUGCACAGGGUUGAACCUUACGUGACAUAUGGAUAUCCUAACCUAAAAAGUGUCAGAGAAUUGAUUUACAAGAGGGGUUAUGGUAAGCUGAAUAAACAGCGGAUUGCUUUGACCGAUAAUUCUAUAAUUGAACAGGCCCUAGGCAAGCAUGGGAUCAUCUGCGUGGAAGAUCUGAUCCAUGAGAUCAUGACAGUGGGGCCCCACUUCAAGGAGGCAAACAAUUUUCUUUGGCCAUUCAAGUUGAGUGCUCCAUCUGGCGGCUUGAAGAAGAAGAGAAACCAUUAUGUUGAAGGUGGUGAUGCUGGGAAUCGGGAAGAUUACAUCAAUGAACUUAUUAGAAGGAUGAACUAAUGGUCGCACCUUUCUAAAGCUAUAAUCCUCUUGUCGGUUCUUGAUCAAUUUCCUGUUUUUGUAGGGACUUUGAUUUGGUUUUAGGUGAUGUUUUGUUAAUGAAUUUAGAAUCAGAUUUAAAUUACCAUUUCAUCAUUUUACUUGUUUAAUUUUUUGAUGCUGAAAUUAUAUAGAAGACAGUUUAGUGACAUAAAUCUUGCUGUCAAAUUUGAUGCUUUUAAUGCCGACUUUGCUAAUAAAUGGUUAUUAUAAAAGUAUUAGCUCA